AUGUCCUCCCCAGCAUCCCCUCCUGACAAGGAGGUGUUAAAACUCCUCCUCCCCUUGCGAUAUGAUGGGAAAACUGUUAUCAAGUGCAACCAGUUCAUCUCGCAGUUGUUGAUCUACUGGCAGGUGAUGCUCAGUCUGCUCAAUGGUGACGCAUACACCUGGGCCACCCUGAUCUUUUCCCAGCUCAUGGCUGUUCAAGUCGGAGUACAAGGGGCUGUAAUGCCCUUCGCCAACAUCAAGGAUUUCCUCAUGGUGUUCAAGAGCCAUUUUGGCAAUCUUGACGAUGCCGCAGCGGCACAGGUUGAGCUCACCAAACUCUGCAGUGACAAGUCCAUGUGUGAGAGACGCACUGCUGCAGAAUUCUCCACACUAUUCAGGGGUCCGGCAGACUGUUCUGGGUAUGGCGACCUGGAACUCCGUGACAAGUACCUAAGCGGUAUCCUGUCCCGAGUCUACCGGAAGAUCGAGCUCAAGACAUUCACCAUGUGGGAAGCUGCUAACAAGCGCACCACAGAAGUCAAGCAAAACAUCAACAUCAGCUGGGCCCGUCAGUUCAAGUUGAAUAGUUUCUUCUCACCUCAGGGAGGAGCAUGUGGUGGAGCACGUGAUAGUGCACCCCGAUCGCAAGGCACCUUGGCCAGCAUCAAUGUGGCCAUCAGCAAAGGAGACUUCCCCAGCAGUUGCUGCGGGAAGAAAGGGUACCGUUGUUUUGAGUGCCCCGACUCUGCGACAAGCACCCCCAUCGCUUCAUCCUUGGCAGGUACAAGUGCUGCUUCAGCGAAAUCUAAGCAAUCUGAGCUGGCGGACUUGAUGGCACAGAUGAAGUUGAUGCGCAAGGAGCUCAAGCACUAUUGGGCGAUGAAGGAGGAGGGUUUUUGA